AUGGGUUCAAAUCCUUUUCGCGGUGGCCAUCUCUUAUUGGCCUCCUUUCUUCUAAUUUCCCUCUCACCAACACCAUCAGAAGGCAGCAGCUGUGACAUUUUCAACGGCAGCUGGGUUUUUGACGAUUCUACCCCUCCCCCCUACAAUUCCUCCGCCGCCCAAUGCCCUUUCGCCGACUCCGCCCUCGACUGUCUCAAAAACGGCCGCCCCGACAAGGCGUACCUUAGCUACAGCUGGCGGCCGGCCGGCUGCGACCUUCCCCGGUUUGAUGGCAAGGGAUUUCUGGAAAGGUACAAGGGCAAAAAGGUAAUGUUCGUCGGGGACUCGCUGAGUAACAGCCAGUGGCAGUCGCUAGCGUGCAUGCUUCACGCGGCUGAUCCGAACCAAAAUUACACGAUAACAUCACGCGGCCGAAUCACAACUCUCUUCUUCCCCGCGUAUGGAACAUCGAUCAUGUACAUGAAGAACGGGUUCUUGGUGAGCCUUGUGAACCGAAAGCUAUGGCUCGACUCACUCAGUGGAAGUGAACUGUGGAAGGGUGUCGAUUUGUUGGUCUUCAACAGUUACCAUUGGUGGCUCCACACGGGAAAGUACAAAACAUGGGACGGCUACCAGAUUGGUGGCCGGACAGUGAAAGACAUGGAUAUGAAUGUAAUGGAAGCAUACAAGAUAGCUCUGACUACUUGGGCUAACUGGGUAGACUCCAACAUUGAUCAGACCAAAACUUAUGUCUUUUUCCAGGGAAUUUCCAUGGUGCAUUAUCAUGGGGCAGAAUGGGGCGAACCUUGGGUGCAAGAUUGCAAGGGACAAACGAAACCUGUGGAGGGGCCAAAUUAUCCGGGCACGAGACCUCAAGGAGAUGAAGUGGUGAAAAGCGUGCUGAACAAGAUGAAAAGACCUGCGUUUUUGCUCGACAUAGUUUUGAUGACUCAGCUGAGAAAAGACGGGCACCCGUCGAUAUAUUCCGGCGGAGGACAACUCGACUGCAGCCACUGGUGUCUUGCAGGUGUGCCGGAUACCUGGAAUCAACUCACGUAUACAAUUCUUCUACGGAAUUGAAAAAUGUGGUUACUCUUUAAGCGUGUUAUUGUGCGAGGAAAGGAAGAAUAAGAAGGAACUUGUGUUUUUGGCAUGAGAUCUAAAUUUUGUUUUUCAAGAAUCAGUGAUGUUGAUAUCCCCAAAUCUUCUUCUUUCAAAGUCAUCAGGUGUAAAACUAACUGAAUUUGAACUAGUUCUUGGAGAAAAAUGUACAAUGGCAUGAAUAAGAGGAAGCAAGAUUCAGUUAUCUUACAGUUGAUCAUGUUACAAACAUCGUAUUAUGAGUUUUAUAAACCCCUUGAAAGUGCAAGCUGUGAAUGAGAA